GGUGACAUUGAUCUUUGAAUAAAUAUGUCAAUUUGAAUUUAUUUUAAAAUUUUAAAAUAUCAAGAUCAACAUAAAGUUAUUGCGUAAUUCACUUAUUAAAAUAGACAAUAAUUAAAAGCAAUGAUAUCAAGAAAAGCAUGUUUACAGAGAUUGUACAUUUAUAUAAACGCAGUGAUUGUGAUAGACGGUUUGAUUACACCAUUAAUGUGAUCGUUUAAUUCGUGAAUAAUUGUGAAAAUCGCAUCUUGGAAUAAUAAACAAAUCAUGUCCAAUAAAAAAGUUCUAGUAUUGGGUAUUUGCGGAGCGACCUGCAGUGGAAAAACAACAACAGCACAAGAAUUACAUAAAUUGUUACCUAAUAGCAGGGUUUUCGGCCAGGACGAAUAUUAUUUUGAUGUAGAAGACCCAAGACACACGUGGAUACCCGAAUUAAAUCACAUUAAUUUCGAUAUAGUCAGUUCCUUGGACAUGGCUCGGAUGCUUGAUGAAAUUAAACAGAACAUAGAGCAAGAAUUAACUCUAAUAAAGGCUCCAGAAAAAAUAACAAUUUGGGAUAGAAUAGUCUGCUUUUCGAACCUCAUGCAUGAGAAUAUUGUUAAAAUAAAGGAAUCAGGCUGCCAUGUUGUAAUAAUUGAAGGUUUUUGUAUACUUAAUUAUAAACCUCUAGCUGAUAUAUGUGAUCUGAAAUACUAUUUCACCUUGGAUUACGAAGAAUGCUUCAAACGAAGAUUAAAGAGGGUAUAUGAGCCCCCUGAUUGUCCUGGGUAUUUUGAGAAGUGUGCAUGGCCUGAGCACUUGCAGCAUGUGGCUGAGGUAAAGAAGACCGUUGGUGAUGUAACAUAUUUCAAUGAAAAUACCACAAAUCAUGUUGAAAUAAUUUUAAAUGAUCUUGCCAAAGCCUUAAAACAAUAUUGAUACUGUAUUAUAGUACAUUUUGUGUUCCACAAAAUUUAUAAAUAUAUCUUUUCAUUUAUAAAACAUUCCAAGUGAUUUUAAAACUGAAGUGUACAAAAUGUAAUUUACUUCUUAAUUUAUAUUUUAUAAUGUACUUAAAGAUCGGGUAUUUAUUUUAACAUGUUAACAAUGAAAUCUAUUUAAUAAUAAGUUUUAAGUUAA